AUGGAAGCCACCCAGGAAUCCACGCAGCCAUGUGCUGAUCCUCGCCGAAUGGGAAUGAAUAACUCCGGCAUCCAAGAUCAAGACCUGGCCGACAUUAUCUGUAUCCUUCAUCCGAAUUCGCAUGCUGCCCAUGAUGCUGUCAGUGCCACUGGCGGAAUAUGUCCUCAACAUAUCCUCCAAAGGGACAUACUAGGGCACGACUCCUCUCACACUGCAUCAUUAGAUUUGGCGUUGAGGCUCUCGUCAAAAGUUCAUAACCUGGGACUGGGAUUUUGCUUCGGUCGCAAUCGGUCUCGUUGUGAUAUUCUUCUGAGUGUCGAUGAUAAUGCCAAACGAGUGUCAAAUAACCAUUUUCGCAUAUAUCUUACCGAGGACGGCAUUCUCAUGCUGCAAGAUACGUCGACAAAUGGUACCAUUGUGGACAAUUGCCGCCUACGAAAAUCUCAGAAGGAUGGGAAUAGUCGAAUGCUCACGAAUGGAUCUGUCAUUCAAGUUGUUACCGGCUGCCAAAACUCCGACGAGGUCCGGUUCGUGGUUCGAAUCCCAUUACGAGAAGGAUUCGCAGUCCACUAUCACCAGAACUUGUUUCGCUAUUUCGAACGAGUUCAUGCACAUGCUCCGGCCCAUAAAGAGCGACAGGGCCCAAGCCCGUCUGCUCUAGCGUGGUCAUCCGCCAACGCUUAUGGCAUGCAUUGGACCGGUGGUGCCAUGUACAACGUGACUGGACAGAUUGGAAAGGGCGCCUUUGCUACUGUGUACAAGAUCGCAACCAAACAACAUGGCGCCAUCUAUGCUGCGAAAGAACUCGACAAGCGUCGCUUCAUGAAAAACGGUAUCCUUGAUCAGAAGGUCGACAAUGAGAUGAAGAUUAUGAGAGAUCUCAGACAUCCGAAUAUUGUUCAAUACAUCGAUCAUCACGAGCAUGAUCGAUGGAUCUACAUCAUCAUGGAGUAUGUUCCAGGCGGCGAGCUGUCGACAUACCUGCACACGCAGGAGAGAAUUCCCGAGGAAAUGGUUAGAACGAUCGCACGACAAGUGUUGCGAGCGCUUCACUAUUUGCAUAAACGCCACAUCACCCAUCGAGAUAUCAAACCGGACAACAUCCUGAUUGCCUCGUUGGACCCGCUCAGAAUUAAGCUAUCGGACUUUGGGCUGUCGAAAGUGGUGGAGCAGGAGACUUUCCUAAAAACUUUUUGUGGAACCCUUCUAUACUGCGCGCCGGAAGUUUACCCAGAUUAUGAUCAAUACCGCCGUGGCGAGCUCCGAAAGAGGCGUCGCGUUGGAGACCCACCCCCCAGAACAUCCCCAUACAGCCAAUCCGUUGACAUGUGGUCGCUAGGAGCAGUCCUUUUCCAUAUCCUCGCCGGCGUUCCCCCAUUCUCAGGGCGUGCAGAAGAUCGAGGUCUCCAGAUGCUUCGCACCAUCAUGACAAGCGACGCUGAUUUCGAUGCAUUACGCACGGCAGGCGUGUCUGAGGCUGGAAUCGAUUUCGUCGCCCAGCUUCUCAAUCGCGAUCCUUUCUCACGCCCGACAGAGAAGAAGUGUUUCCAGCACCCUUGGAUCUCCGAGGUGCCUGAUGUGGAUGAGUAUGAGGAUGAUGACGACUUGCUAUAUGAUUAUCAAGAUCGGCUUUCAAUCAUUGGCGAGGAUCCCGAGGACGAGCUAGACGCUUCACAGUUGUCUAUCGCUGACGGUCCGGGCUACGUCCAUGAAGCCGACGGCGAGGAGAGUAGCGGCAGCGAAGCAAUCUCCAAACGCCCCCGUACCCAGUACAUUCCGACUGAUGUACACUAUCCCAGCCUUCCAAAUAUUGAGAGCUUCCAAGAUGGACAAGCGGUAGUGGACAAUAGUGCCAAACGUUUGUUUGGCGAAAUUACCCCCUCGGCUCUACGGAGCUCCCACGCACUCGGCAAUAUCCAGGCCUUCAACGCCAAUAAUUUUCACGUUGACUUUCUCUCUUCCGGUGAGUCGAUGAUGAGCGACGAUCCCAACGAGUCGAUCAUUUCCCUCCCGGCGGUACCCUUCGGUGGCACUGCACCCAGUUUGAUGGGUGCAGAGAAACUCGUUGGGCAACUCAACAUGAAUUCCUUGAACCCCACUCCGCAACUUAAGGGUGGCCCGGUUAACAGAUCCUCCUUGCGGCAGACCCCUCCUGGACACACCAAGGGCGAGACACUAUCUAGUAGCCCGAAAAAGGAUUCUCUUCCGCCGACUUCGAGCCCUAAGGCAGAAUCUGUCUCGAGUCCACAGGAGGCAACCCCCAAAGCGAAGUUCACACGUCGGAUUGACCUCACUCUUGCAAUCCCUGACACAGCCAGCGAGGCAUCUAGCGAUAAUAGUGACCACAACAGCCACCGCGACACUACUCCCAACUACCCCUCUCGUCCCUCGAAAUCAGAAUACGACGUUGAGUUUGCUACUACCCUCGAUGCGCAGACAGGCCAAGCUAUCUUGGAUCGGGUCUGUGUCGAGGAAGCAGACUCGUCAGAACCGAUUGUUCAUAGACCCAACUCACCCCCUAUUCCUUCCACUCUCUAUGACCCCGAGUUUGCCAAACCACCAAAACGAUAUGGCAAACUGAAGAGCCUUCCCGGUUCGAUAUUCGACUUGACAAUCUACCUUGAGGAUAGGCUCACCUCCUGGGGUCGCGGGCCGUCCGCGACCGUCAAGCAUGCUGAUUCCAUGGACACUAGGAUCCCCGCCUAUGCACUAGAGGUCACAUUUUGGACUCCAGGAAUCGAGGCGAGGAUCGCAACAGGUGAAAGCUGGCUCGAUAUCCCCGGGGUUAUGGCUAUUCUCUCCACCAAAGCGCGUCUUGGCAUCUGGGUGAAUGAUACACUCCUGCGCCGCGGCUCUAUGACCGAGGAUGGUCCUGAGGCUUUACAAUUCGGGAAACUCUACACCGGCGACAUUAUCACUGUGUACCAAAACAAAGACAGAACGAAGUUCCUCAAGCUCCAGUGCGAAUUUACCCAUGGUGAGAGCGCCCAGCCCCGGCCUGGACCUGAAGCCGGUUUCAUGGUGCGACAAGCUCUCAUGAGCAAGGCCGACAGGACGACGAAUCGAAUGCCGAUUCAGUCCCAAUGCAAGGAUCGGAAGUAG